GAUUUGCCCAGUCGAGCUCCUUCAUGCGCAAUGAAGAAAGCGAAUGACACGAUGUUGCAGGCACGCCCAAGCGAGCCUGCCGCCAUCGUCCCCUCUGUCGCCGCAGCAAACUCCUCUGUGUCAUCCAAUCCUUCCAUCGCUGACACGACUGCAGAUGUCUCCGGACUUCCAUCGUUGACAAGUUCCUUCACGGACAAGAACACUUCAGCAUCACUGCAAGCUCCUGGCAUGAGCACAGCGCAUCUUUCGGCUUCACGCGAAGCACCAUCUAGUUCUGUGAAGAAUGCAUAUGCCGAAACGGAACCGACGGACACAUCCAAACCAGCCGUGACGACUUCUAAACCCAACGAGAACCCUCCACCUUCGUCAACUAGCUCGAUAGGCGGCUACGGCAUGCAGCCACGACUGCACGUUCCGAGUUCGAUGGCCACCGUCUCGGCCGCAAUCCGGGACUAUGUCGCUGAGAUCGAGCCGGAAUCGAUUGCCGAGGACUUGUCCCUCCACCGUCGCAUUCAUCAUGCCGUCGCCCAUCCUUCGUUGGACUCGCAUGUCCUGCUCUUGCCUUCCACGUCCCUUUCUACGGUCAAUUCGCUCCUCGACGAUGCCUUCAAGCAUUUGACUGCACUCACUCCCGCCGAAGACAUUACGCUCAAGGACAAGUACCACGACAUUUGGGCCGAUAUUGAAGCUGACCGUGCCAAACACCAUCGGGACUUGCUCACGAGGCACAUGCACGCGUGGGCGGCAACGGCAAAAGGUCGCCACGCAGCUGGGCGGCUCGGCCAGCACGGCCACCAGCGCCGAGUCGUGAGAUGUUUUCACGCGUGGCGCCGGCGAAGUGCGCAGCGUCGUCGUGCUGCCGUCAAGUGUUCAUUGGCCAUGCGAGCCUUUCAAGCCCGCGCGUUUCACGCGUGGAUAGCAUUGCAUAUCAGAUUGAAACUUGUGAUCCGCAAGCACGGGGACGCUCGCCAGCGGCGCUUCAAAUGCAUUUUCAUGGCAUGGCGGACCCACGUAUCGCGCCGACGUGCUGUGCAAAGGAUGGCCGACAGACAAAACAGGACGACCAUCGAGGCGUGGUUUCACGAGUGGAAGGCUGCCGCGGCCGUCCGAGGCCAGCAGCGCAGAUCUAUUCAUCGCCUCGGUCGGACGAUGGCCAGCGCCCAAGUCGCACACUGCUUUUUUCAGUGGACAAAACAGGUGACUCUGAUGCAGGUGGCUGACGCGCUUCGGACUCGCCGCGACCAACGGACCCAGGACGUCCAGCGGACUGUGUUGCAGCGGUGGCGGCGACGAGCCAGGCUUGUUGUUGUCGCUGGCCACCGAUUUGAUACAUGCCAGCGUCGGCAACUCGCCGAGUGCUUCCGUGACUGGAAGGACCGAUGGCACCAGUACCGCACAAUCAAGCCAGCUACAUGGACAUGCGAGACGGUCGGAUUGUGGUUGGGGGCGGUGUUUCAGCUUCCUCUGGACGCCGCUCGUGCAUGCCAAGUCUCCGGGCACGAACUCAUGUCGCUACCGUCUCGACUCGCACAGUCUCCGCUGCAUGCGCGGGAUCCUGUCCUCGAACGCCUGCUCCCGACCCUUCCGCUCUUCUUUUGUUCGGCAGACCACUGCCUGCAGCUCGUCGACGCCAUUGCGUCGCUAUCGAAAACAAACGCGACGCGGGUGUCCAAGGAUAUUCAAAUGCAGCACCGACUAGCCAAGCUCGAACGUGUGACGGAUUUUCUUAGCCUGCGCCACUGGUGCGCCCAAGACCGGGAGCUGAUCGCGUACGUCCGGCAGCUCGAUGCCCUCGGCAUGCACUCGUUCCUUCAGUUGGACGGCGAGGACUUGGUGGCGGCUCUCAAGUGUCAUCGUCCAGAACACGUGUCGCUGCUCGUGGCGGGGCAACAGCGGCUUCGAUCUAUCCAGGCCACGCACCCCAAGUUAGUGACGUCGCCAGGCGACCCGAUCGACGACAGUGCCUCGUUUAGCUUGGCGUCGUGGCUGGAUUCGAUGCACCUGAGCCAGUAUGAGCCAGCGUUUCGCCGGCACGACAUUACUUCCGUCGCUCAGCUGAGCCGCCUCACCCACGACAUCCUCCGACACACUCUCCGCAUCCAAUCGAAACUCCACCGCGACCGAAUCCUCGAGUUUGCCGCCGACGUCGCCGCCAGCCAUAACCAGCACCAUCGCGUUCGCCAAGCGCCCGCCUUUCGGCUGAAGCUUGCGCUAUCCCAUGUCGACCAGCCGCCACCACGAUCGAACCAUUCGCACACCGGCACGGCCUCUCCGAAAAUGGCCAUGACCUCCGCAAGCCUUGCAAAGCAAGUGCGGACACUGUUUUUCUCCAUCUGCCGAUGGUUGGAAGGCCAGAGCCCACCACACCACGCCACUUUAGAUCGUCUGUACGCAGCAAUGCAAGCCGCGUCGCAUGGCCAUAUCACCAAAGCGAGCUUCGCGCAUGGCCUCCGCGCGCUCAAUGCUGGGUUCACCAGCGCCCAUGUCCACGCAAUGUGGGAGACCAUACCGAAAGCCAAGACAGACGGCCGCGUCGGCUACGAAGCGUUCGUUCGCUUCUUCAUCGGUAUCUUUGAGCAGCGCCGCGCAAUGCUGCAGCUGGCCAUUCAAUCGCUGGGCGGAGGGCGUCGGGAAGGGCAUCAUGGAGAAUCAAGUCAGGACGGUGGGCAAUUGUCGCAGCUUCUCCACGCGCUAGCUCGUAGCGAUGAUAUCUUGGCCCGCGCAGGGGUCAUCGUUGCUUCAUGAGCGGCAUGACGUGUGAGAAGGCAGCAUAACAGAAAUGGCAUCAAACAGACUCGUGGAAGUCGAUGGAAGGGUUG